AUGUCAACAACAGACAGCACCUCCACCCCCGACUCCUCGCUCGACGCCACCGUGCGCGAAGCGGUAAACAAUCUCUCUGCCCUCGGCAUCCCCGGGCUCCCCUCGCCAGCCGCCUCUCUCCCCUCGCGACCCGCACAACAAGCCCACCAGACCUCACGGCUGCCCCUGCCCUCCCAUCCCGCCCCUUCCGAGCCCGCCUUCGGGGACUCAGACGAGGACUGGGGCAACCUCCUCCCGACCGACGACGACGACGCCUCCCCGGACUCGAACGAGGACUUGAGCGAGCUGCCCUCGACCGAUGAAGAGACCGAGGACGAGACGGGCGGCGCUUUCGAAGAGCGGCGGGCGUUUGUUAGAAGCUGCAACGAGAAGGCGCGGAAGGCGCAGAGGAGGGAGAAGUUGCGGCACGGAGUGCUGCUGGUGAAUUCGGUGCUGGCUGUAAAGGCUGAUCCGUCUUUGAUGAAGAGGCCGAGGCGUGAUGAUGAGCGUCCCAGCAAGAGGCGGCGUGUUGGUGAGCCGGAGGAGGCGCCGCGCGGUGGUGCUGUGGUGGGGUUGGAGCGAGGGGAGGGGCGGAAGGGGUGUGGUGGUGCUGCACCGUUGAGGCUGCGGGGUGGUUGUGGGCGGAGAGUUAGGAGUAGAAGGAUGGAGAGGGAGACUGCGUUUGCGUCAUGCUGA